AUGGUAAUUGUUUCGAUUGUUUUUUAUCAGAUACAAAUCUCAACUGAAACAUGGUAUAAUGAUCCAGAAAGAAAUACAAUAUUACAACAAGUUUUAAAAAGUUUUGGUCUAGAAAAACCAAUAUAUCUUGAUAUUCCAAAAAAAGAUUUAUUAAGUGUAACAAGAAAUAUUAAAAAUACUAUUAGUAUAGAAGAAAAUGAUAAUAAAAUUAAAAAAUAUUUACAAAUUGAACCUAUUUCAUAUGAUCAUCCCUUCAUUGUAUUUAGAAGUGUUGAUUUAAUUAAAGAUUCUAUAAAUAUUAUUAGCCUAUCCUUAAAAAUUGAUUAUAUUUUUAUAGAUAAAUUUGAUGAAGAACCAUUGAGUGCUAAAAUAAUUUUAUUGUUAAAUGAUAUUGAUAAUGAAAAAGAAAAUCUUGGUGAUUUUAUUUUUAAAUACAAUAAAAAUAUUAAUUCAAAAAAAACUUUUACCCUUCAAAUACCGUUAAAUUUAACAAUUUUUAAAAAUGUUAUUUCUCAAAUUGGAGAAAAAAUAAAAUUUUUAAUUAAAUUUAAAGAAACAACAAUUCCAACAAUAAUAGAAAUAGAAAACGUGUACCUUGAAGCAGUAGUUACAGAUAGUAAUGAUCGUGUCAAACGACAUAAUGAAAAAAGUUGUGAUAAUGAGUUAGAUAAAAAUUUAUGUUGUAUAAAAAAAUCAAAUAUUAAUUUUGAAGAAAUUGGUUGGAAUUUUAUAGUAUCACCAAAAAAUUUUCAAGCACAAUUUUGUCAAGGUGAUUGUUAUCAUUCUAGCAACAAUAUGUUACUUAGUGGUGUUUUAAAUAAAUUAAAGCAUCUUCAAGAUAUUGAACACAAAAGUUGUUGCUAUCCAACAGAAUAUAUUCCAUUAAAUGUUAGUAUAUUCAAAAGUGGUCUAACUAUUGAGACAAGAACAUUAAAUAAUCUUAUAGCUAAAAAAUGCAGUUGUUACUAA